GUCACCCCAUCACUGCGACCUGCCUGAUUCACACUUCCCCUUUAUUAUCCUGUGCUAAAACACGCCUUAUUUGAUUUCUGUCCUCAUACUAUCCGUUUGCUGUGGGCAGCGACCAGCUCUUCUUUGAUUCCAGCUUUCUUCUCUGCAUUUCCCCGUCGUGUGCGCUCAUAGCAACCACUCAUGUACCUCCUCUUCUCAGCACAACCUUAAAGCGAAAUAAAAUACAUAUCGUCUCUGCCUCGCUUGCGCCUCGCUCGCGCAACUGCCUUUAUCAUCCGCGUUUGUUUAUAGUGGGCGUUGGAGGUUGGGUGUUGUGGCGACGGCUCUCGAUUCUCCAUAUCGACGGGCAUGGCUCCAUAGCUGUGAAGAGUCCUUUCAAAUCACAAUCACUGCCGCACAGCGGCCUUAUUCGCCUACUUCAACUAUUGUGAUUACGGAGACUAACGAAGGAGCGUAACGAUACGCGAGAGAAUCAACAGUCGAUACAGAGCAUGCUUCUUCGUUUACCGCCAAGCCUCCACUACCCCAUCACCGUUACGUCGUUGUUAAAGCAGCCGGGUGAUGAGGUGGAGAGGGACGAGGCGAUAUUCUGGUAUGCGUAUCAAACUAUUGUUACAGAAGGAGAUGGGUGGGGAAACAAGGUUGAUGUGAAGCGGACAUUUCCCACUCGAUUUGAAUCCACCGUUGAUGGAAAUAUUGUGCAAUGGAAGAUUAGCAAGGGUGAUGUUAUUGAUGGACCUGUUGAUGUUGUUGAGAUAGAUGAGCCAUGUGCGCACGAAGUACAGUAUGGCGGCCUUUGCGCCGAGUGUGGAAAAGAUAUGACUGAGGCGACGUAUAAUACCGAGGUUCCGGGCUCCAUGCGUGCGCCUAUUCAGAUGACUCAUGAUAACACCGCGCUUACUGUGAGCGAACGGGAGGCUAUACGCGUGGAAGAAGAUGCAAAACGACGCCUUUUAGCAAACCGGAAACUCUCGCUUGUAGUCGACCUCGACCAAACGAUAAUCCACGCGGCGGUUGAUCCUACUAUUGGCGAGUGGAUGGCGGACAAGGAUAAUCCGAACCAUGCAGCAGUGAGCGAUGUGCGAGCGUUUCAGCUGGUAGAUGACGGUCCUGGGAUGCGCGGCUGUUGGUACUAUGUUAAGCUGCGACCCGGGCUAGAAGAGUUCUUAGAGAAUGUGGCCGAGAUGUACGAACUGCAUAUCUACACGAUGGGAACCAGAUCAUAUGCGCAAGCUAUUGCCAAUAUUAUAGAUCCGGAUCGGAAGCUCUUUGGUGAUCGCAUCCUCAGUCGUGACGAGAGCGGGAGCUUAUCCGUCAAGAACCUUCAUCGGAUCUUUCCAGUGGACACAAAGAUGGUUGUUAUCAUUGACGACCGCGGAGAUGUUUGGCGGUGGAGCCCCAACCUUAUUAAGGUUAUACCGUACGACUUUUUUGUCGGUAUUGGGGAUAUCAACUCGAGCUUUCUACCCAAGAAGCAGGAGCUGGAAACUCCAGGGGAAAACCAGGAACAAAACCCAACGCCACCAAUACAACAGCAAGUCAAUGGGUUGGCCGAAAAAUCUGACGCGACAGAGCUAUCAACUCUAGAGCAGCUGGUGACUAUGGGGGGUGGGGAUAACCCAAGACUCCUGCAGGAACAGACCGAGGCGCAAGACGUGACGAUAUUGCAUCAGGUUGAGGAUCGCCCGCUUCUACAGAAACAGAAAGAGCUAGACGCUGAGGAUGAAUCGGCAGAUUCGAGGGAAUCCGGCUUGAACGAGUCGCGAGAUUCGGCGAAGCCACGCCAUCAUUUGUUAAUUGACAACGACCAGGAACUCAUCAAACUCUCCGAUCGGCUGGAGCAGGUCCACCGAAAGUUCUACGAGGAGUACGAUCAAAAACGGGCGCGAGGCUUAGGAGGACGGGUGGCAGCUUUACGUGGUGAAAGAGCCAUAUCCAAGGAAAAGGACGUGGAUCUAAAGCUUGUUCCCGAUGUCAAAGAUAUCCUGCCAGCGAUAAAGCGCCGCAUUAUGGGAAAUGUUCACGUAGUUCAUUCCGGAUUAUGGAAAUUGAAUGAGGACAUCGCCAAUAUCGAGUUAGCCCAGCACGCAAAGACCUUCGGCGUCGUAUUCGCGGACCGAAUUACCCACAAAACAACCCACCUUCUUUCAGCUGGUAAGCGCACCGCGAAGUUUCAAGAAGCAAUGCAACGCCCAAAAAUCAAAAUUGUACGGAAAGAAUGGCUUGUAGAUAGCCUACUUCAGUGGAAACACCUGGAUGAAGGGCCGUAUCUCGUUCCAACCCACCCCAACGAGCAGCGCAGUUCCAAGGAAGUAGCCGAAAGCUCCUGGCUUUCAUCCUCAGACGAAGCUUCAGGCGACUCAUUCACUGAUACUGAAGACGCUUCCGAGCUCAACGACGAGAUCCUGAAGUCUGCAGGGAUCAAUGAUCUUGGCUUCGACCAGGACGAGGAGGCGGCUGUGCACGAGGAACUCAAAGAGUUCCUAGGCAGUGAUGAUGAGAGCGAAAGCGACAGCGAAAUCUCCUGGAUGGAACGGAAUGAACUCCCUCCCACUUCCAACCCAGAUAAGAAGCGCAAGCGCGAAGACGGAACCGAUAACGACAAUGACGAGAACAAUUCGGAUACCCAGGGAUCUGGGGAGGUCGCGGGCUCCCGUCUUUCUCAGCGCAUCAAGCGGUCCUACGAGCGCAGCACCGGGCUGAAAGAAGUCGCCAGCGCUACUUCAGGCGAAAAUGGCUCAAAUACUGACACUGGUACCGCGACUGGCACCGAUACCGACACUGCGGAAGCCGAUGACGUCCCUGACGUCGCAUUCCCUGAGACAGAAGAAGAGGGUGCUGCAUCUCGAAACCCAGAUUCAAGUUACCCUCAAGAUCCUGCCGAAGAGGAAGAUGAACUCGAGCGCGAGAUGCUGGCGGCUUUCGAGGAAGGAGGGUAUGACUCCAACGCCGAAAAGGCCAUUGGCGAGGAUAAAGGCUGACCGCCGGCUUGGGUGUUUGGCACUGGUGCUACUGUUUGUACAUUUUGUGACGCUUUACAGCCAGAUCGACAUAUGGUUGUGUUCAGAGUUGAUUGGGCGAUCGUUUAAGAAUCGCAUAGCGAGGCGUUGGUUGAUGGCUUCGACUUCCGAUUCGAGGCACUUUUUCUUCUAGCUUUUGUUUAUUAUAUCUUAUCAAAUUGUGAUACAUAUAGCUGGAACUUGGCGAGUGAGUGGCUACUCAUCUCUGUACUGCUGACUAGGUGGGCUCUGUACUUGAACGAGGUGAGAUCGGAAA